AUGGAGAACAAGCCGGAUACGCCAUACUUCCUUGUGCAGUUGCGCAAGAUGGCCUUUGCCCGGAUCUAUUCCGCGGACAAGAAUGUCUCCCUGUUUCUUGACAGGCCAUUACGCAUGAGCAAACGGUUCUGUCAUUUUCAUCUACCAGAUACACUCCCGCCCUCGGAAACUUCGCCAUCUGAUGCCCGGCGUGGGUUGGUUUACUGGCUGCCGAAUUCAGCCAUGGAUUACAGGUCAGAGACGCGCUGGUCAGCACUGUGUGCGUCGAUCAAAGAAGAAAUCAUGGAGCUUCUCUUCGACCGUAGUGGCGCGGAUCAUACAGCCAAGAUCCUUGAACUUGAGAAAUCAACCGAGGAGCAAUGGCGUGCACUUCCGGAUAGAUUUCGUUUUGAUCAGCGACCACCAAAUAACGCCACCCCCUUCGAACGUGAUUUUUUGUUUAGCGUCCAUCUCAACCAUCUACAUGUCAAUCUUCUGUUGAGGCGUCUGACUUUGAAGCGCCAGUCAGAGCCCGAUGGUGCUGUCAUUGAAAUAGCCCUGAAGAUGCUUAGCUUGGUGGUCGAUAUUGUCCUCACUCGAGAUGAACUUGCAAAUUCGGGCACCAAUCUCAGUUGGAAAGUCGCUCACUAUGGGCUACCGGCAGCUGGUAUGGUACUCCUUGCAAUGGCAAGCCAGAUAGAUGCCCCGGUCUUGGUGGCAACACGUGCCAAGCUACUACGAGAUCUCACCGUACUGGCCGCAGAAAUUGAGAGAGGAAGAAUUGUAAAACUUGAAGAUCCGAAUUACGCUUUGUUGGCUAAGGCCGCUAAGACCAUUGGAUGUUUUUUGGAUUCGGUCUUUAGUGACGAUGGGAGGAACAGGAGUGGUUUGAACAUCAGUUUAUCAAACAGUAGCCCUCGGCAAGCCACGGACGACAAUUCAUGGGCGGAAAUAUUGGGAUCGGAUGCUUGGGACUCUGAACUAACAUUCUGGCAAACCCUCGCGGAUCACCCUAACGUGUUCAACCAGUACCUAGUGUAG